AGGUCUUUUUACGUCAAAGUUAAUGGCGUACGCAGAUCUUUGUUGCUAGCAGCAAAAAUCUUUAAGAAUAAGCAUCAUCUUUAGAGUUUGUUAGUUAAAAGUUGUGUAAUUAUAAAUUAGUUCAACAUGGCAGAUAAAGGAGAUGAACAGGUUAAGAAGAAGAGGACCUUCAAAAAGUUCACCUACAGGGGUGUCGAUUUAGACCAGCUUUUGGAUUUGCCAAAUGAGCAACUUAUGGAGUUGAUGCAUUGUCGGGCCAGAAGACGCUUCAGUCGUGGUCUUAAACGUAAACCAAUGGCUUUGGUAAAGAAAUUGCGAAAAGCUAAGAAAGAAGCACCUCCACUAGAAAAACCCGAAAUUGUGAAGACUCAUCUUCGCAACAUGAUCAUCGUUCCCGAAAUGGUAGGAUCUAUCGUCGGCGUUUACAACGGAAAAGCUUUCACUCAGGUCGAAAUUAAGCCAGAAAUGAUUGGACAUUACUUAGGAGAGUUUUCUCUUACAUAUAAACCUGUAAAACACGGUAGGCCUGGUAUUGGUGCCACCCACAGUUCUAGGUUCAUUCCUCUCAAGUAAACACCUUGUUUUUUAAUGUAAGUUCAACAAUAAACUUAUUUGAGAGAUA